ACAUUUUCUCCCAUCUUUUAAUUUUUUUAUGUAUUGUCGUGUUUUCUAUUUACUUACUUACAAUGAUGGAUUUCAAAUCUUUUAUUUUUCUCAUACUACUGUCUGGCGUGGUUCUCAUAUCUGUAGUUGUGGCUGAUGAACCAGAUCCUGAUCCACCAAGGGGAAGGAAGAUGAUUUUGGUUCCACUUCAUGAUGAAAACUGCAAGGAAAACAUAGGCGCAGAAUAUGGUGAUAGCAUAUUUGGUGAAAUUGGCGACGGUGGCGUUCAAGGAAGAGAAAAUAUAGGUGGUAUAGGGAAAGGUGGAAGUGUUAAUGAUGGAAUAGAUCAUGGUGGUGGAAAAAGUGGUAGCGGAGGAGAUUAUGGAGAUGGAACUGGAGUAGGAGAUGGAGAAAGUGUUGGAAGCAGAGAUUACAGUAAUGGAAGAAGUGGAGAAAACGUCAAUACAAGUGGAGGAGGUGGUGGAAGCGAAGGAGGAGGCGGAGGAUAUUAGUGCAAUGGUAAAUGAGACUUCUAUGAUUUAUGACAAAUAUAAAAAGAGAAUAUAUGCUCUCUUCAAGUUUCUUUAUCCUUUAAUGUAUGUCAUAAUUAUAGUAUUGUCUCU